AUGUGGACUGCCAUUGUAUUCUCCCUGCUGAUUUCCUUCUGUAUAUGUGAACACAGGUUUUCUGUCCUGAAAGGGAGAGGAGUCCAUGUACUGCGAAUAAACAGGCUUACAACUGAAGAGGAGUGCAGGCAGGCUUGUCAAAGCUCAGGUGCUUCAGGUAACCUUCAUUGUAAUUGGUCUGUGCCCUACCAGAAUCACUGCAUCCUCCUGCAGUGUCACCAGCUGAGCGUGUGCCAGAAUGCCGGAGAACAAGACAUCAAAAACAUGCUUGGAGAAAUCAUCGGUGGGAAAAGGGAACCAGUCCUGUUUCACCACCAAAGCUAUCCACAGAAAAAGGAGAGGAUGGUGAAUGCAUGGGUUGACGGACACAAUAUGGAGAACCUGUUUUCCUCAGCUGCUCGGACUCACAAGAUUCACUUGAGACAUUUGCUUGGGAUUGGGAGUGAAGAUGCAACAAAAAAUACAAGAACAACAAUUGCAAGCAAUGCUACUGCCACCACAGCGACCACCACCACUGCCACAGCCAUAACAACAAACGCAGCUGUCCUCACUACAGCUCAUGAGAUAACUACCAAAGCCUCAAACACCCCUGGACGUUCUGGUCUCCUUGCUGAAACCACAUCAUCCGCUGCCUCUUCUCCCACUUCUGGUAACAUCCCUGCUUCCACUUCCAGCCAUGUCACCACCAAAAAAUCAGGAAGUAGUAUCUCGGUCUCAGUAUUGUCCCCCACUUCUACUUCUGUUCUCACAGUUGUUUCUGAAGCAGGUACUCAGAUGCCUCAAACAGAGCAGUUUAACCCAGCCACCACCACCACCAGCACUCCUGGCUCUAGUAGCCCCCCUACUGUUGGAUCUGGCUCAAAGACACUGAACACAACAUUGACCACCCUCAUCCUGCUGGAUUCAGGAACAUCUACCACUACUUCCACUCAUACUAUGGCACUCACCCCCUUGGAGAGUUCACGUGCUGUGAAUCCAGAGUCUGCUGUUACAGUGCCACAUCUAGAGCUAGAAACAAGUACAGCCACAACAUCCUUGAGUAGAUCAACCUCUCUUCUGGGCUCUACAAGAGGUACCAUGGUUUUAACUCCUGCCUCUAAAGCAGAAACUACAACUGGGAAUGGGGUAAAGUCAACAUCUCACACUUUCUCAACAAUCACAGCUCCAGCAGAUGCACCCAAAACAACAGCUUUGGGCCUUGCAGACACUCAGGACACAGACAAUGACUAUCUUCUCAUUGCUGCUGAGCCCCUCACUCAGUACUUAGUGGAUAAGAGUUCGCUUCUUGCAGUGCUUUUAGUUGGUAUGUUUUUUUUCAUAACUGUUAUAGUUCUUUUUCUUAUGCAGGCCUAUGAGAGCUACAAAAAGAAGGAUUACACACAAGUGGAUUACCUGAUCAAUGGAAUGUAUGUAGACUCGGAGAUGUGA